AUGAAGCUUCCGUGGAUCGUUGGAGCUGUGCUCUUUUCGUCCACAGCCCUAGCUCAGACGUUCCAACGCCUGGGUGGAUGCCCUGAGUUGGGCUGUGUCUUUCCACCAGACCAGACGGAUUUCCUGGCUGGCCAAUAUUUUGACAUUCGUCUCGAAGUCCAUUCGCCUGUCAAUGGCUCUGAAGCUCGCGAAGGAGAACCUGACCCCAAUUUCACCUUCGCCAUUACGAAGAAAGGCCGUAAUAACAAACCACAGGCGGCUACCGAAUUUUUUGGUGUAGAGGAACCUGAACUUGAGAAAUGGGACUUCACUUGGUACGAAGAUUUAUUUGCGCGAGAUGCGAAGAAACCCUCAUUGGUCAAAGUUGCAUCCAAAGUCUAUCGACGUGUUGCGUUAUAUCAGCCAGGAGAGUAUGAAGCAACCCUCACCUACUAUGACGGCAAAACAACAACAGCUACCUGGCUCGUUCGAGAUCUAGCUGAAGUACGCAAAGCGAAAAAUGUGAUCCUGUUUAUUGGUGAUGGCAUGACCACUAACAUGAUCACCGCUGCACGUAUGAUUGCCCAUCGUUCUGUCAACGGCAGAUUCCAAAGCAGGAUGCAGAUGGAUAAAUUCCCUGUUCUGGGUCAUCAAAUGACGCAUUCCUUGGAUUCGAUCAUUACCGAUUCCGCCAAUUCUGCCACUUCCCUUUAUACUGGCCAUAAGACGACUGUCAAUGCUUUGGGUGUAUAUAGGGAUUCAUCUCCAUCACCCUUUGAUGACCCCAAAUUCGAGACCAUUGCCGAGAUCUUCCACAGGGUUUACCCCAACGCCGGUAUUGGAAUUGUUACCACGGCUCAUUUGUCCGACGCAACGCCAGCUGCAUUGACCGCGCAUACGAAGGAUCGUGGUCAAGCGGGACACGUGAUUGACUCGUACUUCCAUGGCCUGGCUAACUACUCAUGGACCAAGUGGGAUGGACCAGACGUUCUUUUCGGUGGUGGUGCAGAGGAUUUCCUCCCUGAAAGGGCGUACCUAGGCCAAAAUUAUUAUAAGCUCUUUGCGGAGAAAGGGUAUAGUGUCAGUUGGAAUAAAACUGCCUUGGCUGAAGCCCCAAACACCGAAAAGGCGCUGGGUGUAUUUUCCACUAGUGUCAUGGCUAAAUGGCUUGACCGAAACAUUUACACAGACAAUCUCAAGAACAAGAAGAACUACCCAGAUGGUUCGGACAAGGAUGCUGAUGACCAGCCAGGCCUCAAAGAUAUGACUCUCAAGGCCAUUGACAUCCUCACCACCCGCAGCUGCAACGACGGCUUCUUCCUCAUGUCUGAAGCUGCCAGCAUUGACAAACAAAUGCAUGUUCUUGACUACGAUCGCGCCCUUGGAGAACUUCUCGAGCUUGACGACACCAUUCGAGCCACUAUCGAGAAACUCCGCAGUAUGAAGAAACUUGAUGAGACUCUUAUCCUCGUCACGGCUGACCACGGCCAUGGCUUCGACGUCAUGGGCACUGUUGAUACGGAAUACCUCAACGCCCAGGACACGGACCGAGCCAAGCGCGAUGCCAUCGGGGUGUACGAAGCAUCAGGUCUGUCUCAGUACACUGUACAGACCGAGGGAUCAUUCCGCUAUAGUGAAGGUGUACAUUUUCCUGCACAGUGGGAUCCCCGCUACUCACUAUUUUCCGGAUUGACCGCAAAUCCGGAUAGAAGGGAAAACUACCAAGUGCACAAAGACGGCCCGCGACUGCCCGCAGUGACACUGAAAGACGGAUCGGAAGACUACUAUGUUAACUACAAAGACGCGGUUUCCGGAUUCGUGAUUAACGGAACGCUUUCAGUUUCGGAAGCUCAGGGCGUGCAUUCUUUGACCGAUGUGCCAGUUUUCGCCAUGGGCCCGUGCCAGGAAGAGUUUGGAGGUGUCUAUAAUAACAUCGACAUUUUCUUCAACAUCGCCAAUUGUCUUGGCUUAGGCAAACGACAAGAAUGUAUUUAAGAAACAGUCUUGGCGGACUGUCGUUGCCUUGUUUUAUUUAAAGAAUAGCAAAUGUGGCAAUAUUGGCGGCAUUUUGAAAGUAUACAGAAUAUGGAUUCAAAUGCUCCAUAGAGCUCGUCUUCAUCGCUUGUUGUCAUUAUUGAUAUUAUCUUACUCUUAAUGUGUAUAUACAUUACUUCAUCCACUUCCUCAAUUCUACAUUCAUAUUCCUAUUCACAUUCAU